AUGUCAUCCGAGCAAGUGUCCAUUCCCGUUACUCCCAAGCAAGAAGUCAAGCCUGCUGCUGCUCCUUCCACUGCUGCUUCCUCGACCGCCUCUUCCGUCAAGUCUUUCCUUGCUGGUGGCUUUGGUGGUAUGGCCUCGGUCAUGGUUGGUCAACCCUUUGAUCUUGUCAAGGUCCGUAUGCAAACCUCCCAUGGCUUGUACAAGAACACCUUUGAUUGUUUCAAGCAAAUCAUCAAGAAUGAUGGUAUUCUCGGCAUGUAUCGUGGUAUGGCUACCCCACUCGCUAGUAUCACACCUAUCUUUGCUGUCAGCUUCUUUUCUUAUGAUCUUGGCAAGAAGAUUGUGUAUGCUGCACGCAGCGACAAGAGCGAUAAGUCACCCAUGACUCUUGCUGAAACAACCUUUGCUGGUGCCUUCAGUGCUGUCCCUACUACUCUUUUCAUGGCUCCUUCUGAACGUGUCAAGGUGUUGAUGCAAAUUCAAGGUCAAGGUGGUGAAGCCAAAUACAAGGGCCCAUUGGAUGUGGUUGCUAAGCUUUACAAGGAAGGUGGUUUGCGUUCCAUUUUCCGUGGUACGGGUGCUACUUUGUUGCGUGAUGCUCCUGGUUCAGCUGCCUACUUUGUUGCCUACGAGUUGAUCAAGAAGGGAUUGACACCUGCUGGUUCUAAGCCUGAAGAUCUUAGCUUGGGUGCUAUUCUUGUUGCUGGUGGUACCGCUGGCGUUGCCAUGUGGACCAUUGCUAUUCCUCCCGAUGUCUUAAAGUCGCGUCUUCAAUCCGCUCCUGCUGGUACUUAUAGUGGUUUGCUUGAUUGUUUGGGUAAGACUAUCAAGGCUGAUGGUGCAUCUGCCCUUUUCCGUGGUCUUGGUCCUGCCAUGUUGAGAGCUUUCCCUGCCAACGCUGCUACUUUCCUUGGUGUCGAAUACUCUAGAAAGAUGUUGGAUGCCGUCUUUUAA